AUGUUUAAGCAGUUUGGUUUUGAUGGGAGUUUGGCACCCACCGACGGCAUCAAUAUGGAGUUUGAAGAAGGUCGUGCCGGAAUUGGAGCUUCCAAAGUUCCAUCAAAACCAGCUGAGCACAGUCUUAUGGACGUUUUAAAGAAAGUUAAGUCGGUUUCCCCUGCCAUUAUUGCGGAACUUAAGAAUGAGCAAGUCAAUGAGUCUCCUCUCGACGUCAAAACAAAGGAAAAGGACAUCAAAAAAGACAACAACAAGAAGGCCAACAAAGAGAAAAAACCAAAGAAAGACAAAGACACUACCGAGGUGAAAAUUGUUUUGCCAAAAGGGUUUAAAACGCCAAGACAACAAGCGAAGUUUGCUUCGCGAUCACCUACUGAGUUAGCUGGUGUCUUCUGA